AAAUCACUAAUUUUUAAAGUGUAUAUUACUACUACUAUCAUACAUAUGAACAUCAUAUGAAGUUUCGGUUGUUCCCGAAAGGCCGGAAACAUCCUUUGGUUCGUUUGCCGCCAAAGCAAGCUGUGUGCUGGAAUGAAAUUGUUUAUGCUUUGAUUCGAGAUCUUUCGUCUCUCAAAAGAUUAAUUUUCUAAUUCAGUAUAAAGAAUACAAUCUAAUAUACGGUUCUUUAAAAUUGUUAUUAUAAAAUUUACAGUGUUUCGGUGAAAUUAUUCAUUAAACAAAAUCGACGAUGGCUAAAGUUCAGUUAGCAAAUGUAGCUGUUCUUGAUAAUCCUUCGCCGUUUCUAAAUCCAUUCCAGUUCGAAGUUACUUUCGAAUGUAUUGAAGAAUUAAAAGAAGAUUUGGAAUGGAAAAUGAUCUAUGUCGGUAGUGCUGAAUCUGAAGAAUUUGAUCAAGUUUUAGACACAAUUUAUGUUGGUCCAAUACCUGAGGGAAGGCAUAUGUUUAUUUUUCAGGCUGACCCUCCGGAUGUUAGUAGGAUUCCAGUGAAUGAUGCUUUAGGAGUUACAGUGGUUUUAUUAACUUGUUCAUAUAGAGGACAUGAAUUUGUACGUGUUGGUUACUUUAUAAAUAAUGAAUACACAGAUGCAGAACUUAGAGAAAAUCCACCACCUCAGCCUCAGUUUGAUAAAGUACAAAGAAAUAUCUUAGGAGAUAAACCUCGUGUCACUAGAUUCAAAAUAAAUUGGGAUGAUGGAACAAGUUCAACAACAAAUAAUGUACCAGAAGGCAUGGAUGCACAGUCAUUAGAAGAAACAUCACAAGAUGCACCAACAUCUACAUUGGGAUUUACAGAAAAUACACAUAACAGUAUGGAAGUGAUGUGAAUGCCUGUUUAUUGCAAAUAACAAAUAAGGUAGCACAGACCAUAAUAUGAUAAAUGAAGUAGUACCUGGAAAGAAGAUUUGAAUGAUUCAUAUAUUUGGAUACCUCAAAGAAAAAAACAUUAUGAAAGAAUGGUAGCCUUUUAUAUGUUAUAUAUUAAUUGGUUUCUUUUUAAAAAAAAACUUAUAUGUUGAA